AUGAAGUACAUUCACUCCCAGGAGCUUCUCGAGAUCCCCGAGGGGGUCAAGGUUGCCAUUAAGUCGCGAAUUGUCACUGUCGAGGGUCCCCGCGGCAAGCUGGUCAAGGAUCUCAGCCACUUGGCCGUCAACUUCACCAGCACCAAGAAGAACCAGAUCUCCAUCGAGAUCCACCACGGUGUCCGCAAGAACGUCGCUACCCUCCGAACUGUCCGAACCCUUAUCAACAACCUGAUCAUUGGUGUCACCAAGGGCUUCAAGUACAAGAUGCGAUACGUCUACGCCCAUUUCCCCAUCAACGUCAACGUCUCCCAGAACUCCGAGACCGACUUGUACGAGGUUGAGAUCCGAAACUUCAUCGGCGAGAAGCUCGUCCGCCGAAUUGUCAUGCACCCCGGUGUUGAUGUUGAGGCUUCCACCACCCAGAAGGAUGAGCUUGUCCUCUCUGGUAACUCUCUUGAGAACGUUUCGCAAAGUGCUGCCGAUAUCCAGCAGAUCUGCCGGGUGCGAAACAAGGAUAUCCGAAAGUUCUUGGAUGGUCUGUACGUCUCCGAGAAGGGCAACGUUGUCCAGGAUGAAUAA